ACACUGGUCUUUUUGGUACCAAGGCAACCGCCCCGCUGGCUCCCACCGAAUACAAGUUCAAGCUAAAGCAACUUAUUCCCUUCAGCUACCUGCUAGGACUUCAGUCAUACAACAAGAAGGUGAGAGGAGAGAGGAGCAUGGCUGAAAGACAGGGUCUGCGGGCCGAGUCCUGCCAUUUCACCCUGCAGGGGGCGCCCUUCCGGCUCUUGGGGGGAUCCAUCCACUACUUCCGUGUACCCAGAGCCUACUGGCGAGACCGUCUGCUGAAGAUGAGAGCCUGCGGAAUCAACACACUAAGCACGUACAUUCCUUGGAACCUGCAUGAGCCUGAAAAGGGCCUCUUCAUGUUCAAAGAGCACUUGGAUCUAAAGGCCUUCGUCUCUCUGGCGCAGGAGCUGGGUCUGUGGGUCAUCCUUCGGCCCGGACCUUACAUCUGUGCUGAGUGGGACCUGGGGGGCCUGCCUAGUUGGCUCCUACGUGACAAAGACAUGAAGCUGAGAACUACCUACUCUGGCUUCACCAGCGCUGUCAACUCCUACUUUGACAAUCUCAUACCAAGAGUUGCUCCUCUCCAGUUCAGUAAUGGAGGUCCCAUCAUUGCUGUCCAAGUGGAAAAUGAGUAUGGCUCCUACUCAAAGGACGACCAGUACAUGAAAUACAUUAAAGAGGCUCUCUUGUCCAGGGGAGUAACAGAGUUGCUGCUGACCUCAGAUAACAGGGAAGGUCUCCGGUGUGGAGGAGUGGAUGGAGUAUUGAAAACAAUCAACCUCCAGAAGCUUUCCUAUGGAGCCAUGCAAUCCUUGGCAGACUUACAGCCGGAGAAGCCCUUGUUGGUGAUGGAGUACUGGUCUGGCUGGUUUGAUGUCUGGGGUGAACUGCACCACAUCUUCCCGGCAGAAGAAAUGAUUGCUGUGGUGACAGAGCUUUUAGAACGUGGUGCCUCUCUCAAUCUCUACAUGUUCCAUGGAGGAACGAGCUUUGGUUUCAUGAGCGGGGCAGUGGAUUUUGGCACUUAUAAACCUCAGACUAGCAGUUAUGAUUAUGAUGCCCCUUUAUCAGAAUGUGGAGAUUACACCGCAAAAUAUCACCUGCUAAGGGAUCUGCUACAAAACUACAACAGUGAGCCUUUACCUGAGCCUCCCCCUCUCCAGGGCAGACAGGCGUAUGAAGCUGUGCUCGUGUCUCAGUACAUGUCACUGUGGGAUGCUCUGCAGUAUGCCGAGAGGCCAUUCAAAUCAGAGGAUCCAAUCAGCAUGGAGAACCUUCAUGUCCACAAUGGCAACGGCCAAUCAUACGGCUACACCUUGUACGAGACAACCAUCUUGAGUGGAGGCAGUCUGAACUCUAGAAAUAGCAUUCGUGACAGAGCUCUAGUAUUUGUGGAUAGAAAGUUGAUUGGCAUUUUGGACUACAGAAAACAGGAACUUGUUUUGCCUGCAGGAAAGGAUGCUAGAACCUUGAGUCUGCUCGUGGAGAACUGCGGCAGAGUGAACUAUGGCGAAGCCCUGGAUGCCCAGCAUAAAGGCCUGGUUGGAGAUAUUGCACUAAAUCACACUCCUCUGAAGGGGCUUGCAGUGCACUGUUUGGAUAUGAUGCCCAGCUUUUUAAACUGUGUACACUCAGGGCAGUGGAACCCCAUGAUGGAGACCACGGGGUGUCCCGGCUUCUUCCAGGGGAACCUGCGUGUGGACGGUGAACCAAGAGACACGUUCAUCAAGCUGCCAGGAUGGACCAAAGGAGUGGUGUUUGUGAACGGGCAUAAUCUUGGACGCUACUGGUGUAUUGGGCCUCAAAAAGACCUCUACCUCCCUGGUCCUUGGCUCAAAAGUGGAAAUAAUCAGAUUGUUGUGUUUGAGGAGCAAAGAGCAGCAGGCAAAAUAGUUUUUGCUGAGAAUCCAGAGCAGGGAAGGAUCAUUGAUGUGUCCAAACAUCCCUUCUGCACCAUCAUUUAAACUGCUAUGUCCUAUAAUUUACUUUCAAAGAGCAGCAGUACUGACAAAUGAUGUUGAUCUAUCAUGUACUAAAUUAGAAAUAUCUUCCCAGUGUGACCCAGGAAUAACAUUCACUAAUGGUAACAAUGACGCUGUCACCAAGCCAUGUAUCUUUUUGUCUUCCUUGCGGCACAGAGAGCUUUCUGAAAUAUUUACUGAUAUGGCCAGUUAUGGAGUUAAUCGUGUUCAUUUCAAGAUGUUAUGCCUGCCAAACUAAUACAAAUCAAGUGUCUGUUUGAACUAGAUAGCAAUUGUCAGAUGUCAGCAAGGUAAAUCUUGAUUACUGUUACAUCUGACAUAUUUCUGUGUAUCUGUUAUUUGUCAACCUGCCUCCCAUGGGGUAUAUACAUGUGACAACAAUAAACAUUGAUUCAACUA